GGAUAGAUCACGAUGGAGGAGGAGGAGAAGAGGGAGGAGGGCUUGCCCCUUCAUAGGCCGGCCUUCUCCUCCCCUGACGUCAGGGUGUCCCUGCAUUAAGGCAUGCAUCUGAUAACACCACCACAAGAUUAAAGCCACCGCCGGCCAGCAGAAAUUCCCCUGCACUCAGCUCCCCCCUGAGCUCUCUACACAGGAUCUAUCAUGUCUGUAGCGGGGUUCAAGAAGCAGUUCCACAAAGCCACCCAGAAAGUAAGUGAGAAGGUUGGAGGGGCUGAAGGCACCAAGCUUGACGAGGACUUUAAAGAAAUGGAAAGAAAAGUUGAUGUGACCAGUAGAGCAGUCCUAGAAAUCAUGACAAAGUCAAUAGAAUAUCUCCAGCCUAAUCCAGCUUCUCGAGCAAAACUCAGUAUGAUAAACACAAUGUCAAAGAUCCGUGGACAAGAAAAGGGGCCUGGGUAUCCUCAAGCUGAAACCUUGUUAGCCGAAGCCAUGUUUAAGUAUGGCAGAGAGAUUGGAGAUGAAUCCAACUUUGGUAAUUUAGGUCCAGCUCUUCUUGACGUAGGGGAAGCUAUGAGGGAGCUUUCUGAUAUCAAAGACUCCUUAGACAUUGACGUGAAACAGAAUUUCAUAGAUCCACUACAAAAUCUGCAUGACAAAGAUUUAAGGGAAAUACAGCACCACUUAAAGAAACUGGAGGGGAGGCGUCUGGACUUUGAUUAUAAGAAGAAACGACAAGGCAAGAUCACAGAUGACGAGAUUCGCCAGGCUUUAGAGAAAUUUGAUGAGUCCAAAGAAAUUGCAGAAUCAAGCAUGUUUAACCUUUUGGAGAUGGAUAUUGAACAAGUGAGCCAGCUUUCUGCUCUCGUACAAGCACAACUGGAAUAUCACAAGCAAGCAGUGCAGAUCUUACAGCAAGUCACUUCAAAACUGGACCAGAAAAUCAGAGAUGCUUCAAACCGACCAAGGCGAGAAUAUCAACCUAAACCUCGAUUGAGUUUCGACCUUGCAUUGCCCACUGAAAUAACUCAACAUAAUGGGGGAAUCUCUCUUGCUACUACUCCAAAACCAUCUGGUGCUGCCUUGGAUCAGCCAUGUUGUCGGUCCCUCUAUGACUUUGAACCAGAAAAUGAAGGUGAACUGGGCUUCAAAGAGGGCGACAUCAUUACUCUCACCAAUCAAAUUGACGAAAAUUGGUAUGAGGGGAUGCUUCAUGGCCAGUCGGGCUUCUUCCCCAUCAACUAUGUUGAUAUCCUAGUCCCGCUGCCCCACUAAGAUGUCUGACAUUAACCACAAUUCAAUUUGUACCACUGCUUUUAAAUGCUGCUUCCUCCAGAUCACUGGUACAAGCGCAGUGGCUUAAAACCCAUUACAUUCCAUGGUCAUUUCUAUAUUUUCUUUAUUCCUUUUUUAUGUUAAUAUGUGUUCCUUCUUCGACUGUUGUAUUUCUUUUUACCAGAGUCUUAGAGUCCUUUAUAAUGAAUGCAGGAAUAAUAUGUACUUGUCGUGGCAACCUUCCUUCCACACGAAUACAGUUCACAGUAAUCUUAACAUGCCCAAUUCUUAUUGUAUUAUUUUAUUUUCUCUUACUGUGUGUUUCCAGAAAUAAAUGUUUACAAUGAAAAAAGUGCUGGGACCACAAGGGAAACGUGUUUUUGCCUCAGUCUUGUAAUUACAAUGGAGUACAUUCUUUGAUGUUGUGGAAAAGAAACACUAGAUUGUUGUAGAUUUCCUUUAAUUGUGCAUAGAUGCUGGGCCAAAUAAAAUAUUUCUUAGAAAA